AUGUACGCGUUGAAAUCAGCUCAGCGUCUGUCGCGCGGCGUCCGCGUCGAGUGGGAAGACGGCGUCUGCGCCAACUUCACCUACGUCUGGCUCCGAGACAACGGCAACCGACGGCCUUCGCUCGUCCACCUUGACCUUGACGCCACCCCAAGGGUUAGUUAACUACUUCUGAAAGAAUCUCAGCUCAUUUUUCACUUUCCAGAAUGUGGACCACAACGAGAAUAACUUGAACCUCAUCUGGCCUCCCUUCCUCAGCUCCUGCUACAGUUCAAAGUUCCUGCGAGACCAUACUUCGGUAAAAGCGCCUCCCGUUCAGAAGAACCUGAUCCCGAAGCGGGUAUAGAGAAUCCUCUCUUUCUGAUGUACGAGUGUGACAUUUAGGUAUUGCCGAAGCCUUGGAGGUUCCAAGAUACUCCUGAAAAGCCCGACAACUCGCACAUGGCUACUGUCUCCUGGGGAGAACUUGCCACCGAGCUCGGCACCGUUUGGCCUCACUUCCAGCGGGUAGCCCGACUCACUUCUAGUCAAAUAGUACGGAACUUCUUGCAGGUUCCGUCGAUCAUCGGCGUCGAGGCUAGAACUCCAAACGCCAAAGUGCAUCUGGUGGACGCGGUGACGUGUUUGGAGAUCAUGUCGCACACAAAUCCUGAAGAGUUCGGAUUUCUGGUGAACACGCCUCUCGAAUAUCAACAAGGAUUCUUCAAUUCUUCGCACAAUGUCGCCCAGGUCUACGAUGGUCAAGUCAUGACGGUUCGUUUUAAUUCGGGAAAAUUAGAAUUAUUAUGGGAGAAUUUUUUUUCGAAUGAAUAGCCUUCACAGAAGAAGAGAAAACUUCAAACAUAAGCUUAAAAAGUACUGUCUCUGCUUUCAUAUGUGCUCUGGCUGUAAAACAAUUUUUAUUCGAUGGUGACUUUUUUUGGUUCUUUUGUUCUCUUUUCUCAUUUAAUAACACUCUCUUCCUGUGAGGAUGAGAUUUUCUGUGAAUAGGGCUUAUCUUCCUUUUGUAAUUUUGAAGUUUUGAAUUUUUGAAAUGAAUGAACAAUUUUUCCAGUCGGUGUUCAACAACGCCCUCCGAACUGCCGAAAUCACGACGGCGAGCCUCGACAUGCUCUAUCGGAGCAUGAAGGCCUUGAGCCGGAUCUGCUACCAGAACCUGACGACGGAGGUCCUCCAGCCGGGAGAGCUGCUUGUCGUCGACAACGGCCAGACUUAUCUCGGAGCUCCAGCUCAGAUGGGUCGGCAGCUCUCCCUCAAGCUUUACAACUGA